AUGCUGCGCUCGCUGCGUCGCUGCCUCGUCCGUCUAUUUGUUUGUAUUUUGGCAACUAACCGACUCCUGGCGCUUCCAUUUUUUCUUCUACCUCUUGCUAUCGGGACAUUAAGCCCCUGCUGUGUGCAUAGAUUGUUUUCUACGUCCUCUCAUUCAGAGCUUCCAGACCUCGAGGGCUUAACUAACGGCCUUGAUGCUAAUGUGGCCUCCGGAGAGGUUUUGCUGCCACCACAGCCAAACUCAAUAGACCCGGGACUGAUUUUGUCCAAUGACGUUGUUGAAAACGGGAAAAUUAUCUAUAGCCUGGGCAAUAUUGAAGCCCAGAUGACCGAAGGCAAACAUUUACAGGGAAAGCCUUCCAUUGCUUCCAUUCGUUCUGAAAUCGAUCCCUUGACUACACAAUAUGUUAGCGGGACAGAAGUCAAGCCUUUAUUGCCAGUUGAUACGCCAAUGCAAUCGGAACUUGUCAUCGGGGCGUCA